AUGGCCGUCGCCAUUUCUCAUCCCUCGCGCUCACUUCCAUAUGGCUCUUUGCUCACCGCUGUUCUCGAGUUCAUGUCAUUUGAUCUUUCUGACGUAAGGCCGAUGAAGUACCCCACUGCCAUUUCUACAGCCACUUUCUCCACUCUCGGCUUCAAGAAAAAUCGUCAUGGCAUUUGGGUAAGGAAACAUGUGAUUGAUUCGCCUAGCGAGCAUGGUGAUGACAUUGACGACGCCGAGGAUGAUCCUAUGCCUUAUGAGCCGCCCCCUCGAGCACCUUCUCCACCGGUUGAGCCGCCGCCACGAGCAUCUCCUCCACCAUUUGAGCCACCCCCUGCUGUGCCUCCGCCCUAUGUUCCUCCACCUAUGGAUUUUCAAAACCAGGUUUUUGAUCGACUUGAUAGGAUGGAAGACCAUAUGCAUGCUCUCCAGACGGAUGUUUCCGGCAUCAAGGCAUACAUGGACUCUAUCUUUGGACCUUCUAGUGCCUUCUAUGCCGCGUAUGGACCCCACGUUGAUCGACCAUCCUCCUCCUCUAUGCCUCCACCAGUUCCGCCUACGGAUCAUGAGGACGAUGAAGAGGAUGACGAUGAUGAUGAUUAG